GGUUGAUUUGCAUGCCAUAGACCAAGAGCUUCUAGAUAGGCAUGCAAAAGAAUACGCCACGUCCAAAAAUUAUCCUUUCCAUGCAAUUUAGGAAUAGCUGAGAACUCCAAACUAAUAUCUUUACCUCCCAUUUUUGGUAUUUCGUAGUCGGCUGAGUGUGCAGAGUAAAGCUUUUGUAAUGCAGCUCGGUCAAUUCCUGUGCGAUUUAAGAAGUGAAUGCGAGCAAUUUUAUUCAGUUAGUCGAGCGUGGUGUCUGCUCCACAAUUUACCUUAACCCAUAUAGACCGAAAUAGCGUCGUCUGUGGGUCAAACGCACUGCGAGCUCUAUACGUAUAUAGUAGCAGGCGCUUGGGUCGGCCGAUUCAGUUGAGACUGGCAAUGUCCGCGCUAGGUUGCCCGAAGUUGGCGCUCCUCCUCCUGCUGCUGCCUCUCCUCAAUGAUGGAGGACAGUGUUCGAGGCAUGUGAGCAAACGUUUUACAUUUGGUGCCGCCGCGAAUAGUGAGAAUAGUGCGAAUAGUGGAAUUAGUCAGAAUAAUGGAUAUACACCUGUGGAUAUACCUCUGCCAGCUGUUGAUGCCAAUCUGGCGAAUCAUACAAUACUGGCCCGCCAGCUGAUUGUUGGCACUUUGGUGCCCCCGCUGCUGGUUGCGCCCACGGCCAGUUAUUGCCAAUGUGUGCCGCCGGGGUCUUGCGCCAAUCCGGUGCCCACACUGCCCACCGAUGGCAGUGGCCAGCUGGAUAUACGAAUUGUGAACAGCGGCAGCUAUCCCACGGCUACGCCCACAGUGACGCCGUUAGUCUGCAGCUAUGGUCUGGUGGCGUGCUGCCAGGCGGGCAGCUAUCAGUGCGGUCGUCGUUGGCCUCCACCGCCGGGAGCAGCAGCGGCGGCCGUUGGACAGGCAACCUUUGGGGAGUUCCCCUGGCAGGUGGCGUUGCUUACCCUAGCGGAUGUUUAUUUGGGCGGUGGCGCGCUGAUUACGGCUCAACAUGUUCUGACGGCCGCUCACAAGGUCUACAACUUGCCUAUUAGCAGUUUCAAGGCGCGCCUGGGCGAAUGGGAUGCAGCCAGUGUUACGGAGCCGGUGCCCGCCCAGGAUGUGACCAUUGCCAGUGUCUUCAUUCAUCCGGCCUUCAAUCCGAACAAUUUACAAAACAAUGUCGCCAUUCUGAAAUUGUCAACGGCCAUCUCCUUGACCAGCAAGUCUACUGUGGGUACCAUUUGUCUGCCCACCACAACUUUUGUGGGUCAACGUUGCUAUGUGGCCGGCUGGGGAAAGAAUGAUUUCGGGCCGACAGGCGCUUAUCAAGCGAUAGCCAGAAAGGUGGACGUCCCGCUAAUUACAAAUGCCAAUUGUCAGACGGCGUUGCGUGCCACACGGCUGGGCUCCAGCUUUGUGCUCAGCGAUACGAGCUUCAUUUGUGCCGGCGGCGAGGCGGGCAAGGAUGCCUGCACGGGCGACGGCGGCUCUCCCCUCGUUUGCUCCAACAACAAUGUAUGGUAUGUGGUCGGGUUGGUGGCGUGGGGCAUUGGCUGUGCGCAGGCGGGAGUGCCAGGCGUCUAUGUGAACGUAGCCUCAUUUCUGCCCUGGAUACAGACAACUUUAACACUCUAAUGGAACGACUUUAUAUUUUAUAGGAAAAUAAAACCAAACAAGUGUUUCAAUAAACCCAUAAUUUUUUGUAGACGUCUGUCAGAAAACUCUAACCACACCUGUCCGUCGGAUAAAGAUUUAUCGGACGCAUUUAUUAGCUUUAUGAAAUACUUUAUGAAAAAGUGCCGAGAGAAUUGUUUA